AUGCACAAAACGCGCCGAAUAGGGAGAGGGCGGUCCCGAACAGGCUGCACCACCUGCAAGGCCCGACAUAUUAAAUGCGACGAGGCAAGACAAUCAUGCACACAGUGUCUAUCCUCCGGGCGCAUCUGCGAAGGGUAUGACUUUUCAUCGGCUCGACUCAAAUUGAAGCAGUGGGCACCGCCAUCACCGACGGAUUCAGCCAAUGCGUCUCCCGAACAAGCGCUCGAAACCCUUCAAGCGAGCCCUAUUCAACGCUACUACUUUGAACUCUUCCGACAACGGUUAGCCAUCAAGUGUUCUAGCAGGUUUAACGUGCCUCUCUGGACGGUUACGAUGCUCCAGGCCAGUUACACGAAUCCGUCCAUUCUCAGUGUUCUCGUUGCCAUUUCGGCCUCGAUUGGAAGAGAGCUUGUGCCAAUAUCGGAUUCAUCUUCACCGCCCCCUUCUGUAUUUUAUCAAGAGGCCAUGUUUGAAACUCGUCGGCUUCUUUCCCGCACUCGUCCGUCUUUGCAGACGAUAGUUCUCUGCUGCAUCGGCCUCACUACCCUAGAGGUUCUUCGGUGCCAAUAUCCCGCUGCCUUGAUUCACCUCGAGAGCUGCAUCAAAUUACUUAACACAAAUAGUGACAUGGCGGGACUAAGCCACCGAUUGCUUGAUCGAGAGGUUCUUCAGGGAAUCAUGGACCUUGAUCAUCACGCCUCGCAGUAUCUGGAUGGUCGUCCACCCUUGCUAUCGAUUAACCCUGUACCACUGCGUGGAGUGGAUCAAUCAGCCGUCAUCACAGACGCAUUCAACUCUCUGGAGACCAUAUCUCGACGCAUUCUCCGCUUCACUCGAUUAAAGGCGGCUGAGUACUGUGCAGACAACCUAGGACAAGCGGCCCUUGAAGUCUAUGCUGAGCUGCAGAGCCUCCUAGCGGAUCUCUCUGCCUGGUCAAUCGAAUACUCAGACGGGCUAUGGGACGUUUCUCACGGAGAAGAUGAAGAAGCGAGCUUCAAAGCAAAAUUGCUUCUGAUGCAGCACUCUCUGGUGUUGUUGGAAGCUUCGACAUCCCUCUAUGCCGAGGAAAGUGCAUAUGAUAAGUUCGACGUUCAAUUUACGCGGAUAGUGGCUCUGGCGGACGACCUCAGGUUCAGCCCUAUAUUUGCGCUUGGAUUCUCUGCGGAAAUAUUCGGGAUGGUGAAGCCGCUGUAUGUUACAGCCCUCAAAUGUCGUAAUUUCAAGAUCCGUUAUCGAGCCCUACAUCUGCUGAGCACCACCUCUUGUGAGGAGGGAGCCUGGUCAUCGACAGUCAUGGGCCCCAUUGCCAAAGCGGUAACAGAGCUCGAGGAGCGCUGUCGCGUUUGGGAUAAUCAUGAAAGCCACAUUGCUGAGAGACACCGCGUCCAUUCGGUGGUCUCGGAUAUUGACCAUCAGAAUAAGACCGCAACGACUAAAUGCACGCUGCGUCCGAAUGGAAUGGACGGGGAAUGGGAAACAAUGACGGUGAUGGCGGAUUGGGUCUAG